UUCAUCUUUGAAUUUGCUUUAUUCAUCAUCAAUAAUCCCACCAUAUUCAUCUCUACCAAUUAUGGCUGACGUACUCCUUUCAAUUGUCUUGGAGCAGUUGGCUUCGGUGGCUCGACAGCAGAUUGAACAAGAAGUAAGACUGGUGGUGGGUGUGAAGAAAGAAGUUCAAUACCUCACAAAGGUGCUCCAGCCUCCAGACCAUUAGAGCCGUUGUUGCAGACGCAGAGAAACGACAAGUGACGGAAGAGCGUGUAAAAGUUUGGUUGGAGAGGCUCAAGGACAUGGCCUACCAAAUGGAGGACGUGGUGGAUGAGUGGAGCACUGCUGUUCUCAAAUUACAGAUUGAGAGAGUUGAAAAUGCUGCCAUGCCUAAGAAACAGGUAAGCUUCUGCUGCAUUAUUCCCUCUCCUUUUAUCUGUUUCAAGCAAGUUGCUUCCCGCCAUGACAUCGCCCAUAAGAUUAAGGACAUAAAGGAACAACUAGAUGACAUUGAACGUGAGAGAACUAGGUUUAAUUUUGUCUCUAGUUGGAGUGAGGAACGACCACGCCGACUUAUAACUACCUCUGCAAUUGAUAUUUCAGAGGUGUACGGUCGGGAUAUGGAUAAAAAGGCCAUAUUAGACCAUCUAUUGGGUAACAAUUGUCAAGAGAAAUCUGGCCUCUACAUAGUCUCCAUAGUUGGGACUGGAGGCAUGGGCAAAACAACUCUUGCUCAACUAGCCUACAACCACCGAGAGGUGAAGGCCCAUUUUGAUGAAAGAAUAUGGGUCUGUGUCUCUGAUCCUUUUGACCCAAUCAGAGUUUGUAGGGCUAUUGUUGAGGCCCUCCAAAAAGAGUCUUGUAAUCUCCAUGAUUUGGAAGCUUUACAACAAAAAAUUGAAACAUGUAUUGCUGGAAAGAAGUUCCUUCUUGUGCUAGAUGACGUGUGGACCGAAAACGAUCAAUUGUGGGAACAACUGAAGAACACUCUCACCAGCGGAGCUGUAGGGAGUAGAAUUCUAGUGACCACACGUAAAGAGAGUGUUGUUGAGAUGAUGAGAACUACAUACAUGCACUCUUUAGGGAAAUUGUCUGAGGACAAAUCUCGGGCAUUAUUCUAUCAAAUAGCUUUUUAUGGAAAGAAUAGGGAGAAAAUGGAAGACUUAAAAGAAAUUGGUGAGAAAAUAGCAGACAAAUGCAAGGGCUUGCCACUCGCUAUCAAAACUUUAGGGAAUCUCAUGCGUUCAAAACAUAAUAAGGAAGAAUGGGAGAAUGUUUUGUGUAGUGAAGUAUGGAAGCUGGAUGUGUUUGGAAGAGAUAUUUCCCCUGCUUUGUUGUUGAGUUAUCAUGAUCUGCCCCCUGAAAUUAAAUGCUGCUUCUCAUUUUGUGCUGUUUUUCCAAAAGACUCGGUUAUUGACAGAGAUGAGCUGAUCAAGUUGUGGAUGGCACAAAGCUAUCUCAACUCUGAUGGGAGUAAAGAGAUGGAGAUGGUUGGGAGAACGUACUUUGAAUAUUUAGCUGCUCGGUCUUUCUUCCAAGAUUUUCAAAAAGAUGAUGAUGGUAAUAUAAUACGUUGUAAGAUGCAUGAUAUAGUGCAUGAUUUUGCUCUAUUUUUGACUCAGAAUGAAUGCUUUAUUGUGGAGGUUGACAACCAAAAAAAGGGGAGUAUGGACUUAUUCUUCCAAAAGAUUCGUCAUGCCAACUUAGUUGUCCGAGAGAGUACCCCUAAUUUCGCCUCCACUUAUAACAUGAAGAAUCUUCACACCCUCUUGGCUAAGGAAGCAUUCCAUUCAAGAGUUCUUGAAGCCUUAGGGCAUUUGACAUGUCUUAGGGCAUUGGAUUUGAGCAGGAAUCAGUUGAUUGAGGAACUUCCUAAGGAGGUAGGAAAAUUGAUACAUUUAAGAUACCUUAAUCUAUCAUACUGUGAUAGUUUGAGAGAGUUGCCUGAAACAAUUUGUGAUUUAUAUAAUUUGCAAACCUUAAAUAUUCAGCAAUGUUUCCGUCUUCAGAAACUACCACAGGCAAUGGGUAAACUAAUUAAUUUGAGGCAUCUUGAAAAUUAUGGUGCUGACAGUCUAAAGGGCUUGCCAAAAGGAAUUGGAAGAUUAAGCUCUCUUCAGACACUGGAUGUUUUCAUCGUGAGUAGUCAUGGCAAUGAUGAAUGCCAAAUAGGAGACCUGAGAAACUUGAACAACCUAAGAGGACGUCUUUCCAUUCAAGGGUUGGAUGAAGUGAAAGAUGCAGGGGAGGCAGAAAAAGCAGAAUUGAAGAAUAAGGUACACCUCCAAUAUUUGACAUUGGAAUUUGGUGAAAAGGAGGGGACAAAGGGUGUGGCUGAAGCUCUACAACCCCAUCCAAACUUGAAAUCUCUAUGUAUAUUCCAUUAUGGUGAUAGAGAGUGGCCCAAUUGGAUGAUGGGUUCAUCAUUAGCUCAACUAAAAAUACUUUACCUCUACUCUUGCAUACGAUGUCCAUGUUUGCCUCCUCUGGGGCAACUGCCUGUCCUUGAGAAGCUGGAUAUAUGGGGUAUGGAUGGUGUGAAAUACAUAGGUAGCGAGUUUUUGGGAUCAUCAUCAACAGUAUUCCCAAAGCUGAAGGAAUUGGCUAUUUCUUGUUUGGAUGAAUUGAAGCAAUGGGAAAUAAAAGAAAACGAAGAGAGGUCAAUAAUGUCAUGUCUCAAUGACUUGAUGAUGAGAGGCUGCCCAAAGUUGGAGGGACUGCCGGACCACGUGCUCCAGAGGACACCAUUGCAGAAAUUGGACAUCACAGGUUCUCCUGUUCUGAAACGACGCUAUCGAAAGGAUAUGGGAGAGGAUGGGCACAAAAUAUCUCAUAUCCCAGAAGUCAAAUAUUAACAGGACUGAAUGGUCAUCACGCUUCACCUCAUGUCGCUCUUGUUACAGAGAAGCAAGUUCAAAUAAAAAGGAGAAAAUUCCCUACACCUAUGUAUUGUGAAGUUGUCUAUGAAUCAAUUUCAAAUUGGUGAUUUGUAAAUUCUUUUUCUCUUUUUCUUUUCCCCUUUUAUUGGUUUGCCUAUAUAUGUAAGAAUGUGUAAACUUCAACAUUAUUGUUUGGAUUUAUUUCCUACAACAUAAAUGGUUUGCGAAUGAUGGGAACUUGCAUGCAUGCAUGCAUGAUGUUUCUUCUGAUUUGUUGUAAGGACAUAUCUAUUGUUAACCUAAUGGAUGAAGUGGGAUGUUCUUGAAAUUUCAA